AAGCUACGGGAUUAUUUUUGAAGCCUGAUUUUGUAAGUCCAUGGCACGAUAUGAAAGCUCAGGUUGGUACUAAUACCACCUUACUAACCGUUGCCCAUGAACUUGGAGAGGCACCUUUACUGGUAGACGUGCAGGUCUCAGUCACUUCUGGUGGUAACAAGGGAUACAUCUUUCCAGGGUCAGGUUGUCGUGCUAGAGACGAUGACCAGGAUGAGGGAUACGGCGGUAUCAUUUACAUAUACAACGAUGUUUAUAUUAAAGUCAGUUCUCCAAUCAAGGCCAAUGAUCACCUUGGACGUUGCGUAUACACAGGAAAAUCACCAUAUUGGGAAGGGCCUUACAGUACUGACAGUUACACAGCAAAAGUAAGGGUCCGUGCAUGGAAGAAAUCUACUUUGCCGUCUGCUGAUUUCACUGAAACUGGCAUCUUAAUAUCAAGAGGUACUCCAAGCUAUGUUGAAAGAUCACAUGGUCUUAGUGACUAUCCGACUUUAGUGAUAUCAAGAACCAAGUUCCCGGCGUCAUUGAAAACAUACCCUGAUUAUUACUCGGACUCUGUUGGUGCUUCAAUGGGAAUGUACGACGGUACGUCAACCCAAAAUGCUUUUGUUGUCUACGGCUUUAGCAAGAACAACAUCAGAGCUUGGGCACCCUCGGCCAGUACUGACUGUAAGUUGUUAUUAUGA